UGCGAAUCUAUACAAGAGUCAACAGCGUACAAAGGUAGUUCACGAUAUCAAUUGAACCUUUUCACGUCGUAGGGAGACAGUAUGGACUCGGCUAUAGACCUCUCCGAUGCCUCCAAAGCUCUAGACCUAGCUAAUAUCCGCUUCCAACUCAUUCGACUUGAAGACACAGUCGUUUUCCACUUCAUCGAGCGAGUCCAAUUCCCUCUUAAUGGAACUAUCUACAAACCUGGCGGCGUUCAUAUUCCAGACAGCGACUUGAGCCUCUUCGACUGGAUGCUCCGCGAGCAGGAACGCUUGCAGUCUCUCGUCCGCCGUUAUCAGUCGCCAGAUGAAUACCCGUUCUUCCCAGAUGCCCUCCAGACUCCCAUUUUGAAGCCUUUGAACUACCCAAAAAUCCUCCACACGAAUACCGUCAACGCGAACAAGAAGCUAAAGGAGAGCUAUAUCGAACACAUUCUCCCUGCGGCCUGUGUGCAAUUGGAUAGAGCGGAAAGAGGAGAGGCCCAGGAGAACUACGGCUCUGCAGCUACUUGCGAUGUUACAUGUCUACAAGCUCUCUCCCGUCGCAUCCACUUCGGGAAGUUCGUAGCAGAAGCAAAGUUCAAGAAGGAGACGGAGCGAUUUGUGAAGCUUAUAAGGGAAGAGGAUAGGCAGGGUAUUGAUGAGGCUAUCACAGAUGCGAAGGUGGAGAAGAAGGUGUUGGAGAGGUUGCGUUUGAAGGCGAAGACGUACGGUACAAAUCCGGACGGAGGUGUAGACAACACGGUCAAAAUCAACGUAGACGCUGUGGUAGCAAUGUACAAGGAUUGGGUUAUACCCUUGACGAAAGAGGUUGAAGUCGAAUAUCUCAUGCAACGGCUGAAAGGCACGGAAUGGGAGUAACGGCAGCUUCACGAUUCUCACGACACUCAUAAAGGCAAGAAACACGAGCAAAAGGAGUCCCCCGGUGUCUGCACCUCUCUUUGGCGAUUGACCGUGCAUUUCAAUCGCAAUCUUGGAGGCAAAGCUUAGGCCUGACAAUAUCUCUUGUCAAUCAUCUUGGGUCGCAACAAGCUGCGCAUUUCCAAAUGAGGAGAGCAUUCUAGGAGUUUUCGGCAAUCAGACGUGAAAACGAAAUUCCAGAGUUUACAUAGAUCAAGUGCACUAUAUAGCUGUUUUGCGGUUCGGGAAAUGGGCUUCCAAAGUGCACGACUAGUCCGUAGACGCCCCCGUAGGAUGCACCUGAAACUCAUAGAUGUCUUCUGUUACAGACGUCGAUUUCAAACAAAUGUCGUCUUGGAAACCCUGAAACUCUCCUGCGUAGCGGUGAAACCGGCGUUUAGAGAUUACCCGAUCCGUCCCUUCCCCU